GUCACAAGCUUUAUCUGUGACCCCCACAUUCUCCUUCUGUCUCUCCUCCCUGCUGGAUUGUUUUGGGAUCCCCCCAGCCCAGGGCAGCCAGCCAGGUGCCCCCCCAUUCGCGCUCGAUACCCCCAGCCCUGACCAUGACCCUGCUGGCCUCCGAGCGCUCCAUGCUGAUCCGCAGCAAGUUCCGAUCCGUGCUGCAGCUGAGGAUGCAGCAUCGCAGAUCCCAGGAGCAGCAUCUCCUGACACCUCUGACCAAGCCUGUCCCGACCUACCUGGAGGUGAACGGGACCCCAGAGCAGAGCCGGGCCAACGAGACCCUGAAGGUGAAAGUCCAGACGAGAACCCACAAACCAGGAGCUGCCAAGGGCCAGUUCACAGAAGAGUCUGGGGGGGACCCCUCAGAGCGGAAGGAGAAGAAGACGCGUCUGGCCGAGGAUCUGAAGGAGAAACUCCUGCAACGGCCGGGGCCGCUGGAACUCGUGACGAAAAACAUCCUUUCCCUGGACGCCAGCCUCAGAGAUGCUGUGAAAGCAGCUGAUCCAGCCCCUGCUGCCUCAGGGACCUUCCUAUUAGAGGAGGAUCUCAGCACCUCUUCAUCGUCCUCCUCCUCUUCUUCCCCGUGCUUCACCCCCUGCCUGGGGGGGCCCCCCGGCAACCCAUCCCCCCCCUCGGCCUCAGCGGCCGCUGUCCAGCCGGAGCUGCUGUCGAUCCUGGAGUCCCUGCCCCCCUCGGUGCCUGCCCCGGACCCCAAUUCCCAGACUCCUGCGGGCAGCCCCCCGGCUAAGGCCCCGGCCUCGCUGCCCAAGGCCCCCCCACGCCCCAAGAAGGCAAAGGACCCCAAGCCCAAGGUGAGGAAGUUGAAGUACCACCAGUACGUGCCCCCCGCGGCCCGGCCCCCCCGGGCCCCGGCCCCCCUGGACGCCGCCUACGCCCGCCUGCUCCAGCAGCAGCAGCUUUUUCUCCAGCUCCAGAUCCUGCAGCGACAGCAGCCGCCGGCCCCCCCGGGACCCCCCACAGCGCUGUGCGUGCCAGCCCUGCACCCCCUGAGUGCCAGCGGAUUGGAGGGGCUCCCUCCUCUGCCAAGAAGACAUCCUUGGGGGGGUGGAACGGGGGCGUCCGUCUGUGCCCCCCCCCGACACCCCCCUCACCCCCAGGUGUCAGAGCUCCGGCAGCAGCUGCGCCAGCGCGGGCAGCCGGUGUCGGGCACCAAGCCGGCCCUGCUGGAGCGGCUGAAGCCCUUCCAGGUGCGGGGGGCCCCGGGGCCGCCCCCCCCGGGGCCGCCCCCCGCCGACCGGGCGCUGAGGGAGAAGCAGCGGCUCAUUGAGAGCCUGACCUGGGAGCUGCGGCGGGAGCAGCAGGAGGCCGACGACCUGCGGGAGGAGCUGCAGCUGCGCAAGUGCCGGCGAGGCCGCCCGGAGGGGGAGCCCCGGCCCCCCUCGCCCCUGGCCAGCCACGGCCCCCAGCCCCCCGCCGGGGAGACCGCCGAGGGCACGGCCCCCGGGAGAGAGGGCUUCCUGGUUUUCUGCCCCCCUUCCUGUGAGCCAAUCGGGGAGGACCUAGAACUGCCCCUGCAGAUCACGGCCAGCCCCGCCCCGGCCCCCCGCUCCCUGGAGGAGGAGCUGCAGGAGGCCAUCCAGAAAGCCCAGCUGGUCCCAAGUCAGUCGAUUGAAGACAUCCUGGAGGAGCCGCUGGGGUGUGCAGGUGACCUGCUCCCCACGGAUGCCCCCUUGCUGCUCCCCACGGAGCCACGCCGGCCCUCCUCGCCCCUCAGCCAGCAGGGGGCACCCAGCAAGAAGCCCCGUCGCAGCCCGUCGGCAGCGGCCAUCUUGGAUUUCCCUGGCCACUACGACUUCCUCACCCCUCCCUCCUCCUCCUCCUCGUCCCCCUCGGACUCCCUGCGCGGGGUCUUCUCCCCGGAGCCCCCGGAGGGGCCCCCAUCGCCCGGCCCCCGGCCCGCCUUCGACCCCGUCGAUUGGCUGGAGGCCUUGACGGCUGGCCCGGCCUCAGGGAUGGGGCCCGGUGCCCCCGGCAGCAGCAGCAUCUUCUCCACUGACUUCUUUGACUCGCCCGAACUGAGCGUCAACCACAUGAUUGACCUGAUGGUGGAGCAGUGGUAGGGGGUGCGGGCCUCCCUGGCCCGGCCAUGGGGAGCCCCCCACCGCCACCCCAGAGACGCCAACCAAUCACACCAAUGCGGGCGCCAUCUUGGACGGGCAACGUCAACUCUGGGCACCAUCUUGCAUGACUGGACCCAUUGUUCGGAGUGAUGUCAAUCCGGGCGCCAUGUUGGAUGGGUGGAACCAUUGUUCAGGGUGACAUCAACUCCAGGUGCCAUCUUGGAUGGGUAGAAGCAUUAUUCUCAGUGACGUCAACUCCCGGCACCAUCUUGGAUAGGUUGAACCCUUAUUUGGCAUGACCUCAAUUGCAGGUGUCAUCUUGGAUAUUUGGAACCAUUACUCCAGGUGACAUCAACUCUGGGUGCCAUCUUGGAUGGGUGAAACCAUUGUUUGCAGUGACGUCAACUCUAGGUGCCAUUUUGGAUGGUGAUAUCAAUUCCAGAUGCCAUCUUUGAUGGGUGAAACCAUUGUUUGGGGUUGACAUCAGCUCGGGAUACCACCAUUGAUUGGUGAAGCCAACUGGAUGCUAUGUUGGAUGGAUGAAAUCAUUGCUUGGGGAUGAUGCCAACUCCAGACACCAUCUUGGAUGGGUGAAACCAUUUUACUGGGUGACGUCAACACUGGAUGCCAUCUUGGAUGGAUUAAACCAUUGCUGUUUUGGUUGUCAGCCCCAAGGGGCAUCUUGGAAGGAUCAAACUGUUGGUGUUCAGAGUGAUACGGUGCGUGGCUGCCAUCUUAUGUAAGUCAUACCAUAACUGUUCAGGGUCACAUCAGCUCCAGCUGUCAUCUUGAAUGGUUAAGCCAUUGUUUGGGGGUGAUGCCAGCUUCCACCACCAUCUUAAAUGGAUCAGACCACUGGUGUUUGAGUCACGUCAGCUCCAAGUGCCAUCUUGGAUUGGUCCAGUCAUUGGUGCUUGGGGUGAUGCCAAGUCCAAAUGCCCUCUUUAUUUGGGCCGUACCAUUUAAUUGGACCUGAGUGUUUCAUUGGCAGGUGGAAGGCAACUCCACCUGUGGGAUGCCAUCUUGUUUGGGACAUACCACCUUUGACUCCAGUGUCUUACUGACCAGAGGGGAGGCUAUGGAAACCAUCUUAGUUUGGAUUGUACCAUCUUUGGAUCUAGCUGGGUUGGGAGUGGAGUGGCCAACUCUAGACACCAUCUUGGACGGAUCGUACCAUUUUUUUUAACCUCUUGUUUUACUGGCAGAGGGAGGUGGGAAAUGGUGACUGUAGACGCCAUCUUGGUUGGACUGUACCAUCUCUGAGCCUAGUGUUCUAUUGGGGGCUGCCCCACUCCCGCUGCCGCCCCCGGCCCUUUUCACUCUCCCCCCACUGGGACCGGGUCCUCCCCUCCUCCCAGAGCCCUUCACCUCCUUCCUCCCACCCAGGCUGCCCCCCAGCUCCUGGCCUCCUCCCAUUUACACCCCGUCCCCCCCACCCCCACUGUGCCCUGCCUGAUAAUUAAGGGGUGGGGAGUCUCUGACCACUGGUGAGGGGGCAGCUCCCUAAGGGGGCUGAACUAGUGGGGGAGGUGUCGUAGCACGGGGGGGGCGGGAGCUGACAGUGGCCAAAGGCUACUGAGAAAUUUGGACUGAUUGGGUGAUAGGGCACCGCUGUGGGGAAGCUCGUAGCCCCCCCCCCCAGGCACUGCUGUGGGGAAGCUCGCAACCCCUUUGGGGCACUGCCGUGGGGAAGCUCACAACAGCGGAGCUCAACUCCUGUUUGCUCCCCAGAGUGGGGGUAGGGGCUCGUUAUCACACACAUCACUGUGGGGGGGGCAGUGGAGGCUCUGGCCUCCCAUGAGCCCCGAUUCACAGGGGACUGAGUAGAAACCCCCACUUAUAUCCAACCCCCCCAAUACACCUGGAACUGCCUAGCCUCGUUCAAACCCCCGCCCCAGCUCCACAGUUCUGAUGGCUCCGCCCACAUGGAUCGGGAGGCCCUUCCCCCAAGUGCUGGCUGGGGGAAGGGGUCAGUCGAGGGGGACUUCUGGAAGCCAAGCUGCUCCCCCCACACAAUAAAGCCCCUUCCCACUGCA